ACGCCGCAAUUGUCAAAAGCGGCGUGGUAGUAUGCCUUAUUAUGAAUGGUGUGUGUAAAAGUGAGUUUUUAUGUUGUUUAUUUGGAGGAAAUGGUUGGAAUAAAUUAAGUUAUUUUUAUUUCUGUUGGUUGGAGUUUUUAUUCAAAAGAUUUCGGUCUAUACCAUUGAUAUUUACUGAAAAUACCUUCGCUUGAAUAAAUUGCAGAUAUUUGGCAACUGAAGUGUUAGGUAAGCCUAAAUGAUAUGUAAAAAGAUAGGCAUAUGCAGCGAAGAACACACUGCAAGAGAAGAUGUUUGACAUCAAUCCACUCAUCAAAGUUCGCUGGAAGAACCAUGGUGCUAUAAUCGUGUCCAACUUUACCAGGCUGCUGGAGCAGGAGGAGUACGCCGACGUGCAUAUUCGGCACGCCGGCCGCACGGUCUCGGCGCACCGGAUCAUGCUGGCCGCCAGCAGCCAGGUGUUCCGCGCGUGUCUCGCCUCGCCGACGGGCGUGAUCACCGCUCUGGAACUGAGCUCACUGGGCUGUAUCGGCGGCCUGCUGCUGGCCAAGGGACCAGACACCGUGCUGGCCGAGCUGGACCUGAUCGUGCAGCUCGUGUACUUCGGCUGGGUGGACCUGCGCGAGCGCAGUAUCGGCUCUCUCCUGGAGACGGCGAGCUGCCUGCAGUUCGCUGAGGUCUGCGAGGUGCUGCAGCGCACGAUGCACGCGCGAGCCGAAGCGCAUCAGCUGCACCAGCCUCUGGCGCCGCCGCAUCACGCGCCGGUCGCCAUCUCGGCAGCCGAGUGUUACGACCCGGUGGCGGCCAGCGACCUGGCGCUGCGAGAGUUUCAAGAGGCCUUGCUGGCGCAGGAGCACAGCCUGCCGUGGCCGCCGGAGCUGGCGGAGCCGCCUCCGCCGCCGGUGGAGCGCCGCCCCGAACCGCUGCCGCCGCCGCCCCCACAGGCGACGGUAACCAACUCCGGACUUCGACACGAGGACGCCGCAGGUUUGACGGCCGCCGGGCUCUGCGAGGUGGUCUAUAAUCACAGUACCGCCGCGGCGCUGGCCCGCGACCCGGCGCUGCCGGCUGUCUCCUCCGCCGGGGGCCCAACGACCGGCGGUACUGCCGAGCACGGGGGACAGGGCGGUCAUCAGAGCCACUUUCAGGAGCCGCAGCAGAGCGAGGGGCAGGCGAGACCGCAGGGGUCGCAGGACGGCGCGCCUCUGUUGCGCGUCCGCACACAGUUCGAACUGCACUGCCCCUGGGGACUGGACAUGAGGCAGGCCGGCCGGGAGCACCGCGAACCCGAUCACGGGUCGGAUGGAAGUUUCCCUCCUCCUUCGGGGUCGGAUCUGUGGUCGGGUAUGCUGAUGCCGGCGCCGCCCCCUCCUCCCCCUCCACCGCCCCCGCCGCCCCCGGAGCCGGCGCCAUCGCUGGCGGACGAACCCGACUCCGGUGUGUUCGUGGUCGAAGACGAGCAGGCCAUCAUCGACCACUGUGGCCUGCCGCCCAGCACACCCGACACGCUCGAGCGCUUCGACGAAAACUUCAGCGGCCUCACUGAGGAGGAGAAGUCUCCCAUGCCGCCCAAAGCGGUGCGCGUGAGGCGUCUGCGACGGCGCGCCACGACACGAGCUCGUGCAAGGAGGAUGCCGGCUCUCAUCUCACUGGACCAGUCCACUGUGUGUCAGGUGUGUGGCCGGGACCUGGGCAAAAUGGCGGCUCUGCAGCGGCACAUUGCCACUGAGCACGCCGACCGACCGGCUCCGUCCGUCCAGCGCGUGGAUCCGCCGCCCGCCUACGUUCGGCACGUGGAUCAACCGGCCGCCCACGUCCAGAGCGCAGAGCGGCCGACCUCCCCCGUCCAGCCGCACUCGGAACGGCUGACUGCCGUCGUGCAGGCAGACCGACCCGCUGCAACGCCGGCCGACCGACCAGCCCCUGCUGCCACGCCAGCCAACCGUCCAGCCUUCACUGACACGACAGCCGACAGGCCGGCCUCCACUACCCCUGCUGACCGGCCGGCCCCCGCCGCCACCCCAGCGGACCGACCAACUCCUGCUGCUACCCCGGCCGACCGACCAACCCCCGCCGCCACCCCUGCCGACGAUUCACCCUCCACGGUUGACACGAGUGCCAUCGCCGACGCCAGUGACACGUGCGCCGGGCUGAUGUCGUUCCGCACUCGACUGACGGCGCAGGCACCGGCGGUGCCGGCACCCACGGUGGCAGUGGAGGUAGUGGAAGCGGACGAUGAGGAGGAGGAGGAGAUUGACGUGGAAGCGGAGUCGGAUGUGGAACCGGAGCCAGAGGCGGACACUGAGUCGGAGACUGAGGCAGCAAAAGAGGCGUCGAGGCUUCCGGAAGUAUCGAGUGCUACAGAAGCUUCGAGCACUGCGGAUGAGAUCUCGAACACGGCAAAGAAGAGCGAUGAUGAGCGUGAGACGGCGGCCGGCGGACGGUGUGCGGAACAAGUCGAGGUGGCGCUUCCUGGUGACGAUGACCGACCGCUGAGAGUUGUGCACGUGACAAAGAAGGCAGUGGGGACGGGGCGGACGACGGUGGCGGCGUCGACGGUAGUGGUGGUGGAAGGGGAAAGGAUAGAGGGUGCACCGUUGACCGUGCUAGAGAGGAGUGAAUCGCCACCGAGGCUGGAGAGGAGUGAAUCACCGCGACCGCGACCGGCGACAAGGCUGGAGGGGAGUGAGCCACAACCACUGGCCGUUAGGCUGGAAGAGAGUGAGCCAUCGCUACCGGUCACGAGGGUAGAGGAAGAUGAGUCACAACCACCGGUCACCAUGCUAGAGACGAGUGAGCCAACGGAAUCGGCCGCGACACUGGAGAGGAGUGAGCCAACGCAACCGGCCGCGACACUGGAGAGGAGUGAGCCAACGCAACCGGCCGCGACACUGGAGAGGAGUGAGCCAACGCAACCGGCCGCGACACUGGAGAGGAGUGAGCCAACGCAACCGGCCGCGACACUGGAGAGGAGUGAGCCAACGCAACAGAUAAUCAUAGAGGGGUGGCUGGAGGAACCCAUUCAAGCUACAAAGUCAUCACAGAAGCAGCCGGCAGAUCCUGCAGCGGCAGGAGACGCAGCUUCCAGCUUCAAAUGCGGCGACUGUUCGUUCACUACCGACACGGAGCGGCGUCUGGCCGGCCACCGGCGCAAGGAGCACACGCCGCUGCUGACCUGCUCCGUGUGUGAACUGCAGUUCCGAAAUCCGGCUGUGCUCUACCGACACAUCAGCAGCGCGCAUCCGGACCAGGAGGCCCGGCCGACAAAGUGUAUGCUGUGCCCGUACAAGAGUAACCGGCCCAGCCAGAUCCGCCGCCACAUGCGUGACAUCCACGGACAGGACAUGCAGGGACGCCUGCUGCCGCACGACUUCAAGUGUCGGCACUGCGAGUACACCACGUGCAGCUCUAUGAAACUCAAGACGCACGAGCGUCGGAAGCAUUCGAUGGGCAAGCAGUUCAAGUGUUCCGAGUGUUCAUACAGCACCAUUGAGCGGCAGGCGCUGACCAAACACCACCGGAUUAUGCACACGGAGGACCGGCCGUACCGCUGCGAAAUCUGCGACUUUCGAACGUCGACGCUGUCUCGCAUAGCUCGCCACCGGCGCUCGCACACGCAGGAGCGGCCGCACGAGUGUACCACGUGCCACGCGCGGUACGCCGACCGGCGCCGCCUGCGCGAGCACGUGGCGCUGCACCACGAGCCGGGCGUGGAUGCCGCCAAGGCGUUCCCGUGUCAGUUCUGCGACAAAAAGUUCAGUCGGCGCGACAACAUGAUGCAGCACGUCACCAGGAAGCACGCCAGUAAGGCCGGCUUGGCCUCUCCCCGACCCCGCCGCGGCUCAGCGAGCGAAGGGAACAAGCUUUAAUAAGAGGCUCGUGAUGGUGGAAAGAGAAACUGGGGAGAGAAUGUGACAAUUCUCUAAAAGAGUGGAACAUGUAAACAAAUCCUGCUGGUGCCAAGUGUUAUGACAUUGUUGUGGCCGCUAUAUUGUGUAUGCACGCACAUUGUCUGAGGAGAAUAUCAAUGUGCUGUCUGUCGGUGAUAUGCGGAUUGUACCCACUUUCAUAUGCAUCAUUUAGAACAAAUGAACCACCAUUACCCAUUGUGUUGGCUGUGUUGUGAAUUGUUGUGCAGUGACGCGAGGAUAAUUAUUGGUUUGGCAUCGUCACUAUAAUAGAAGUGGUAGUAGGGGAGCUAU